ACCCUUCACCUAACUCUUUCAUUGUGGCUAGCUAUAUUUUGCUUGUUGAAAUCUCAAACUAUAUCUUCUGCUCACCUUUACUCCCCUCUCCUUCCGCCACUACUACUCCUUCCCUUCCCUUUAUUUCCUUUCUGUGCACUCACUUGUCUGUAAUUAAUAACCUAACCCUUUCUACCCCUGAUAUCAUAUACCCUUUUUCUUCCCACUACCCCCUCAUCAUGACCAAUUCCUACACCUCCAAUGACCUUAACUUUUGGUUGGACCUCAAUUCACCAUGUCUUCUCUCCUCUCCUUCUCCUUCUUCCAUCAAUCCACCAUUCUAUUUUCCUUCCAAUUAUCAUAAUAGUAAUAACUACACAAGUGCCAUAUCUUCUAAUACUCAUCAUCAGUUCCAACCCUCUCCUCCUCAAAGAAAAGCCCUUCCCCUCCUUCAUCCAAGACAUGAAGAAGAAGAAGAUCUUGAAUCUUCAUUCAGUGUCAUGGAAGUGGACAAGAAAAAGAAAGAGCUGAGUUCAUCAUCUAGUUUCUUGGAUGAAGAAGAUGCUGCAGUGACUGUGGCCUUACACUUAGGGCUUCCAAGCACGAGUAUUGCAUCUUCUGCUGAUUUAGCUUCUUCAAGCCUAUACUCAACAGAGGCUUCUUCAGACAAAGAAGAAGAAGAAGAAAAAGUAGUACUCACUGAUGCUUCGGGGCUUCUUCUGUCAAAUAGAAUUAACAGAGGACAAUAUUGGAUCCCUACUUCUUCUCAGAUUCUGAUUGGUCCAACACAGUUCCCAUGCCCCCUUUGUUUCAAGACGUUCAACAGAUACAACAACAUGCAGAUGCAUAUGUGGGGGCAUGGAUCUCAAUAUAGGAAGGGACCAGAGUCCCUAAGGGGAACACAACCCACGGCUAUGCUAAGACUUCCUUGCUAUUGCUGUGCACCGGGGUGCAAGAACAACAUCGACCAUCCAAGAGCAAAACCACUCAAAGACUUCAGAACCCUUCAAACUCACUACAAGAGAAAGCAUGGGACAAAGCCUUUCGUGUGCAGAAAAUGUUGCAAAGCAUUUGCUGUGAGGGGUGAUUGGAGAACUCACGAAAAGAACUGUGGAAAACGCUGGUAUUGCUCUUGUGGGUCUGAUUUUAAGCACAAAAGAUCUCUUAAGGAUCAUAUCAAGGCAUUUGGGUAUGGACACACGGCUUGUGGAAAUGACUGCAACCUAGAUCAAGAUGAUGAUCAAGUGGGCUCUGAAAUUGAAUAACAAAAUUAAUUAAUUAACGCAAUCUUUCCCAGUCGCAGUUUAUAUGAUGUCAUGAACACUAUGGAACUGUUGAUUGUUUCUCAUAUUUUCACUUUUAUUAAUUAUCUCCUUGAGUCUUGAUGAUGCAUAUCAGAUUGUAAAUGUUCAUGUUGUCAUUUA